AUGUCUGCUCCAGCUCCAAAGUGGUACCCAGCUGAGGACAACGCUGUCCCAAAGAGAACUAGAAAGACCUCUCGUCCACAGAAGCUCAGAGCUUCUUUGGUUCCAGGCAGUGUCUUGAUCUUGCUUGCUGGUCGUUUCCGUGGUAAGAGAGUUGUCUACUUGAAGCACUUGGAGGACAACACCUUGUUGGUGUCUGGUCCAUUCAAGGUGAACGGUGUUCCUUUGAGACGUGUCAACGCCAGAUACGUGAUUGCCACCUCCACCAAGGUUGACGUUUCCUCUGUUGACGUUUCCAAGUUUGAUGUUGCCUACUUUGCCCGUGAGAAGUCCUCCAAGAAGUCCAAGUCUGAGGCUGAGUUCUUCGGUGAGGGUGCUCCAAAGAAGGAGAUCAAGGAGGAGCGUGUUGCUGACCAAAAGAACGUUGACAAGGCUUUGAUUGCCGAGAUCAAGAAGACCCCAUUGUUGAAGGAGUACUUGGCUGCUUCUUUCUCCUUGAAGUCCGGUGACAGACCACACUUGAUGAAGUUCUAA